AUGCUCACGAGGGUCUUCGUCUUCUUCGCCUGUCUCCUGCUCCUCGUCGCCGCCGACGAGCGUCCUGAGAAGCGGCCGGCACUGCUUUCCAGGUUAAAACGGCUUUGAAUACGCCGAAAGACCUCCUUCAUAAAUAUCUGCUAAGAUGUCCUAUCAAAGUACUAUCUGGAUUCUAACGGCUUAGUGUGAAAUUUGGAUUGAACGCCAUCGAUAUCAAGAGUUGUCCUAAAAAUUUUCCCGGUUUUGAUUUUUUUUUAGAGUCACUGGAGUCACUUUUUAUUUUAUUUAUACUAUCAUUCAACUCGUACUUCAACUGAUCCUCUUGCAAAACUAAGUGACUUUAACAUCUUUGGAAGGACUUGAAGAUAUCUGUUACACCAUCAUACUCCUACAGAUGAAAAAAUCAUUUUGCCGCCAAUUUUUCACUGCAAAACUUUUGCAUCAACAUUUCUAUUUUAUCGGCUCCUUACAAACAUUUUUGAAAACUUUAGAAACGGAAACCAGCCUUGCCUGAAAUUCUGCAUCUUAACGCCACUUCAAAAGUUCAAUCAGGCACCGUAGUAAAUUUGUUUAGAAAACUGGAAUAACAAGCGAAAUUUCGGUGAAAAAAUUCCUACCGUAACCCACCUUUUUCUGGAAAGAAAGCGUUGAAAUGUUUUUCCAAAGCUUUUAGACUCAGUGAAGGUAAAAAAAUUUCUUUUCAAAAAAGUUUUCAUUCAAAAAAGGACCGAUAAAUAAUGAAUAUUUCUCAAGAUAUGGUCGAGCCGUGCUUCCCCGUUAUGGAAAACGUUCUUCGAGCUCACCUGCCUACGCCGAGUUGGACCAAGGUUCUUCGUACAAAUUUUAAAAUUCAAAAACAAAUAGUCCAACUUUUUUAAAAUUCGCAGUACUUUCAAAACUUAGUUCAUUUAUUGAAAAGAUCUCAAAGGAUUCAUUACUGUUUUUUUUUUGAAAAUUGAAUGAUUGGAAGAAAAAAUCAUUUUGAAAAACAUUUUAAUUUUCCAGACGUGAUGCUUUGUCGGUACGUGAACGGACGGAUCUCCUGUUCUUCGGUCGAUGAUUUUUUGAGCAGAUAA